AGCUCCGUGACCCUUGGUCGUUAAAGCUCAGUCGAUUGUUUUUCUUCGCCGGACGUAAAAACGUCUUCUUUUUCGAAAAGUCCUUUGUGUUACCCUCUUUAUUUUUUAUUGUUAAUAAAAAAUAAUUCUCCCCGCGGAGUGCAGUGAUACCAGGAAGAUCACUUAGCGAUCGUCCUUCGGUUUGAGCCUGUUCACCAAGUCGAUCCGCAUGUUCUCCAGAAUACGGACUACCUCUAGGACGUAGUAGGUGAAUCAAGGAUAUAAAAUUACAAAAAAAAACAAACAUGUUGAUAAGGGAGUUAGCGGUCCUCUGGGUCGCCGUCCUCUUGUGCCAUCUUCAACUAACGGAGUCUCAGGUCCCGAACACAAAUGUCUUUACCUGUCCAAACGGAUGGGAAUUGCGGGGGAUUCACUGUUACAAAUUCUUCAACAUCAAGCAUUCAUGGGAAAAAGCAGCAGAGCUAUGCAGAAGAUACGGAAGCGAACUCAUGGUCGUGGAAUCCUACAGCGAAAACAAUAUGACCGUAGGGAUGCUUGGACGUCACCUGGACCGAUAUUGGCUUGGUCUGGCUUCUCUGGAUGAUCUGAGAACCAACACCCUCGAGUCAGCAGCUGGUAUGCUGGUCUCGCAAUAUGCAGGUUUCUGGGCGUCGAAGCAACCGAAUCCGCGCUCGGGAGAGUGUGUCGAUGUCGCUAUCACCGACGAUCAGCAUCAAUCUUGGGAACUCACAACUUGCGAAUCCCUACUGCCUUUCAUGUGCCGCGCCAGUGCUUGCCCUGCAGGUUCUUUCCAUUGCUCAAAUGGAAAGUGCAUAAACGCCGCUUUCAAAUGUGAUAAGCAGGAUGACUGUGGAGACUUUUCUGAUGAACUCGAUUGCCCUGCCAAUUGUCAUUACUACAUGGCAAGCAGUGGAGAUGUCGUCGAGAGUCCAAAUUAUCCCCACAAAUAUAUGCCUCUGAGCAACUGCAAAUGGACACUCGAAGGACCUCAAGGUCACAAUAUCUUACUCCAGUUCCAAGAAUUCGAAACAGAGAAGAGCUUCGAUAUAGUCCAGAUCCUUGUGGGAGGAAGAACUGAAGAAAAGUCUGUGAAUUUGGCUACCCUUUCGGGGAAGGAAGAAUUAAGUAGCAAGCUCUUCGUAUCCGCGUCUAAUUUCAUGAUCAUCAAGUUCAGCACCGACGGAUCUGUAGAAAGAAAAGGAUUCCGUGCUUCCUGGAAAACCGAACCACAAACCUGCGGUGGAAUUCUUAGAGCGACUCCUCAAGGUCAAGUACUCACAUCCCCAGGCUACCCUCAGAAUUAUCCAGGAGGACUCGAGUGUCUCUACAUACUUCAAGCUCAACCGGGUCGAAUUAUGUCCUUGGAAAUCCAAGACCUGGACUUGGAAAUUAAUCGGGAUUAUAUUCUGAUUCGCGAUGGAGACUCACCAAUGAGCCGCCCUGUCGCAAGACUCACCGGAAAAGCAGAGGAUAAUCCAACCGUGAUCAUGUCUACUGGGAAUAAUCUCUACUUGUACUUUAAGACGAGUCUUGGUGACUCCAAAAGAGGUUUCAGCAUUCGUUAUACUCAAGGCUGCAAAGCCACUAUCAUUGCUAAAAAUGGAACAGUUCACUCCCCCUCGUAUGGAUUAAACGACUAUCCGAAUAAUCAGGAAUGUUUGUACAAGGUCAAAAACCCUCAAGGCGGCCCGCUUUCCUUGAAGUUUACGAGUUUCAACGUCGACAAAACCGAUUUUAUACAGGUUUAUGACGGACCUAACGCGAAUGGAUUGCGUCUUCAUUCAGCAAAUGGUUUCACUUCAAAUACUCGACCUAAGAUUACUUUAACAGCAGAAAGUGGUGAAAUGUUGAUCAGAUUUGUCUCUGAUGCUCUGCAUAGUAGCAGUGGUUGGCAAGCUGCUUUCUCUGCAGAUUGUCCACCUUUACAACCUGGAGUAGGAGCUUUAGCAUCCAACAGGGAUACAGCUUUCGGAACAACAGUCACCUUCUCCUGCCUCUUAGGACAAGAAUUCGCAACCGGAAAGUCCAAAAUCUCGACCGUUUGUUUGCCUGGUGGAAACUGGUCUGUCAACUACAUUCCCAAAUGUCAGGAAGUAUACUGCGGUCCAGUUCCGCAGAUAGACAACGGAUUUUCUAUUGGCUCAACUAACGUGACCUACCGUGGAUUAGCUACUUAUCAGUGUUAUGCCGGCUUUGCCUUUUCAUCUGGAAAACCCGUUGAAAAGAUUUCCUGUUUAGCUGACGGAAGGUGGGAAAAGAAGCCAGCUUGUCUCGCAUCCCAGUGUCCACCUCUUCCGGAGGCACCACACGCCAACAUGACAAUUUUGAAUGGAGGAGGAAGAAGUUAUGGUACCAUCGUCAGAUUCGAAUGUGAACCAGGCUACGUUAGAAGCGGCCAUCCUGUGAUUCUCUGUAUGAGUAACGGAACCUGGUCCGAUGAUGUUCCAAUUUGUUCUCGUGCAAAGUGUCCAAUACUUCCAACCAUCAAAAACGGUUUUGUUGUCGAUCUAACAAGAGAAUAUUAUUUCGGAGAUGAAGCAAGAGUACAAUGUAACAAAGGUUAUAAGUCUACUGGAUCCAACAUUAUUCAAUGUGGCACUAGUCAAUACUUCGAUAACGUUCCGACUUGCGAAGAUAUCAACGAAUGUGCCUCAAGUCAAUGUGAUUCAGCCUCAACGGAAUGUAUAAACACAUCUGGAGCUUUUGCGUGCAAAUGCAAAUCUGGAUUUGCACCUACAAUGGAAUGUCGACCCGUAGGGGAUUUAGGAUUAAUAAACGGUGGAAUACCCGAUGAGUCAAUUACUACAUCACCUUCACUACGUGGAUUUACAAAAAGUGACAUUCGUCUUAGCAACGGAGACGGAUGGUGUGGAAGCUCAGCUGAAAACAGCUCUAAUUGGGUUACAAUUGACUUAAAAGCUCCAACUAUCAUUCGCGGAUUCCGAACUCAAGGUGUCGCAUUUCUGGAUGGAAAUACCGCUCAUCCUACUGCAAUUAGUUUGCAGUACACUGAUGACCUCACUGAUGCAUUCAAACAUUACCGAAAACCAGAUGGAACUUCUAUACAAUUCCAAACUAAGGACGGAAAACUCUCAGUUCUCAACUUACCGAUUCCUAUCGAGGCAAGAUAUAUCAAAGUCGUGAUUGAUCGAUUUGAAAGAGCACCUUGCUUGAAAUUGGAACUAAUGGGCUGCACAAGACUCGAGUGCAUGGACAUAAACGAAUGUGCUCUUCAGAAUGGUGGAUGUCAUCAAAAGUGUGUUAACAGUCCCGGAAGUUAUUCCUGCAUGUGCAACACUGGAUUUGAAUUGUACAAACGCAACGGAACAGCUGGUUACUACAUCGAGAAGUCAGAGAAUGGAGAAAGGGAUGGUGACUUGUAUCAAAGAAAUAAAACUUGCGUGCCAGUCAUGUGCCCUUCGUUACCUGCUCCAGAGAAUGGACACAUUUUGGCAACCAAGGAUAAAUUCCACUUUGGAGAUUUGAUUAAAUUCCAGUGCGACUUUGGCUAUGUUCUGGCUGGUUCUGCAGCUGUUAUCUGUACAUCUAGUGGACAAUGGAACGGUACUACCCCAGAAUGUCAAUAUGCAAAAUGCGUGUCACUCCCAGAUGAUAAGAAUGAAGGUCUUGCGGUAGUCCGCAGUGAUGAAACAAGUGUCCUUGUACCUUUCAAGCAGAACGUUACUUUGAAAUGUAGCAACAAUGGACGCUAUCUUAGAAAUACUGCAUCCUCUACUUUCCGUCAAUGUGUCUACGACCCCAAACCAGGUCUUCCAGAUUAUUGGUUAUCAGGACUGCAGCCAGCUUGUCCUCGUGUGGAUUGUGGGAAACCUUUGUCAACACCUGGAGCAGAAUAUGGCCAGUAUCCGGACACUAAGUACCAAUCUUCAUUCUUCUUCGGUUGUCAGGACACUUUCAAAUUAGCAGGUCAAACUAAUCGUCACGACAACGUCGUUCGCUGUCAAGCCAACGGAGUCUGGGACUUCGGAAAUUUGCGUUGUGAAGGACCAGUUUGUGAAGAUCCAGGAAGACCUAGUGAUGGGUUUCAAGUUGCUCGAAGCUAUGAACAGGGAUCUGAAGUUCAGUUUGGAUGCAACCGACCAGGCUAUAUCUUAAUCAACCCCAGACCUAUUGUUUGUUUGAGAGAACCUGAAUGUAAAGUUGUGAAACCUCUGGGUUUGGCUUCAGGCCGUAUUCCAGAUUCAGCGAUCAACGCUACUUCAGAAAGACCGAAUUAUGAAGCUAAAAAUAUUCGCUUGAAUUCAGUUACCGGUUGGUGCGGAAAACAGGAGCCAUUUACAUACGUUACUGUGGAUUUGGGGCAAGUCUACCGAGUGAAAGCUAUUCUCGUAAAAGGAGUUGUCACUAAUGACAUAGUUGGAAGACCAACAGAAAUUCGUUUCUUCUACAAGCAAGCAGAAUAUGAAAACUACGUCGUUUACUUCCCCAACUUUAACCUAACUAUGAGAGACCCUGGAAACUAUGGAGAAUUAGCUAUGAUCACGCUUCCUAAGUAUGUUCAAGCUCGUUUUGUGAUUCUAGGAAUUGUUAGUUACAUGGACAAUGCGUGUCUUAAAUUCGAACUGAUGGGAUGUGAAGAACCAAAAGCAGAACCUCUUCUGGGCUACGACUAUGGCUUCUCUCCUUGCGUUGACAACGAACCUCCCGUCUUCCAGAAUUGUCCACAACAACCCAUCAUGGUUCAAAAAGGUGCUGAUGGUGGUCUGCUCCCGGUUAAUUUCACCGAACCUACCGCCAUUGACAACAGUGGCAGUAUCGCUCGUGUAGAAGUUAAACCUCAAAGUUUCAAAACACCCAUCCGUGUUUUCGAAGACACUGUUGUCAAAUACGUCGCUUUUGACUACGAUGGUAAUGUUGCCAUUUGUGAAAUCAACAUCACUGUUCCAGAUGUUACUCCACCCAGACUAAGUUGUCCUCAAAGUUACGUGAUUGAACUCGUCGACCGACAGGAAAGUUAUUCUGUUAACUUCAACGAAACUCGAAAACGAAUCAACGCUACAGAUGCUUCCGGCCCAGUCAAGGUCACUUUUGUUCCAGAGCGGGCUAUCAUUCCAAUCGGGAACUUUGAAAAUGUUACUGUAUAUGCUACAGAUUCAAGUGGUAACCGAGCUUCUUGCAACUUCCAAGUUUCGGUACAAGCUACACCUUGCGUUGAUUGGGAACUGAAGUUACCAGCCAAUGGAGGCCUAAAAUGUCUUCCAGGCGAUAAAGGACUACAAUGUAUAGCCACUUGCAAAUCAGGAUUCAGAUUUACUGACGGAGCACCUAUGAAGGCAUUCACCUGUGAUACUGCAAGACACUGGGUUCCAUCAUCCGUCGUUCCUGAUUGCGUUUCUGAAAACACUCAACAAGCUGAUUACCAUGUAGUAGCUUCCGUCAUCUACAGAGCUAAUGGCGCUGUUUCUAGAACCUGCCUGCCACAAUAUCAAGAUCUGAUGGCGCAGUAUUACAUGAAUCUCAACAAUAUCUUGACCCAACGUUGUUCUGUCAUCAGCAGCAUGAAUGUAUCAUUUGUAAGGUCUAUGCCUUCCCUUCUAGAAGAAAAUGUCCUCAAGAUGGACUUCAUCCUAGCGAUAGUACCUGUUGUUCGACAAACCCAGCUUUAUGAUCUUUGUGGCUCAACUUUGAGCCUGAUCUUCGAUCUCUCUGUUCCUUACGCAAGUGCAGUUAUCGAACCUCUAUUGAACGUCUCUUCAAUUGGAAAUCAAUGUCCGCCACUGCGAGCACUCAAAUCAUCAAUCACAAGAGGUUUCACAUGUAGCAUUGGAGAAGUUUUGAACAUGGACACGAAUGAUGUGCCUCGUUGUUUGCACUGUCCCGCUGGUUCAUUUGCUGGAGAAAAACAGAAGCAAUGUACGUCUUGUCCUAAAGGUUUCUAUCAAAACAACGACCGCCAAGGAGCUUGUCUACGUUGUCCCUUCGGAACAUAUACCAAAGAAGAAGGUUCAAAGAACAUCGACGACUGCGUGCCUGUCUGUGGUUACGGCACAUAUUCACCAACUGGCUUGGUACCUUGUCUCGAAUGUCCCAGAAACAGUUACAGUGGAGAACCACCAGUAGGAGGAUUUAAGGAUUGCAAAACUUGUCCAGCAGGCACCUUCACUUACCAACCUGCAGCACCUGGAAAAGACCGUUGCCGUGCUAAGUGUUCUCCAGGAAUGUACUCAGAUACAGGUCUAGCACCUUGUGCCCAAUGUCCCAAGGACUUCUUCCAACCACAGCAUGGAGCCACAACUUGCAUAGAAUGCCCUACCAACAUGUAUACCGAUAGCGCAGGAGCUCUUGGUCGAGAAGAAUGCAAACCUGUCACCUGUACUGAUAACGUCUGUCAACAUGGAGGUCUUUGUAUCCCCAUGGGUCAUGGAGUUCAAUGCAUCUGUCCAGCUGGAUUCAAUGGUCGAAGAUGUGAGAUCGACAUUGACGAAUGUUCCUCUCAGCCUUGUUACAAUGGCGCCACAUGCAUUGAUUUGCCUCAAGGAUACAGAUGUCAAUGUGCAAAUGGAUAUUCUGGUAUUAAUUGUCAAGAAGAGAAGUCUGAUUGCUCUAAUGAUACUUGCCCGGAACGAGCCAUGUGCAAGGACGAACCUGGAUUCAACAACUAUACUUGUCUCUGCAGAUCUGGAUACACUGGAGUCGAUUGUGAUAUAACGAUCAAUCCAUGUACUGCCAGUGGAAACCCAUGCAACAACGGAGCCAGUUGUAUUGCUUUGCAACAAGGUCGGUACAAAUGCGAUUGUCUGCCAGGAUGGGAAGGUCAGAGUUGUGAGAUCAACACGGAUGAUUGUGCCGAGAAGCCUUGCUUGCUAGGUGCCAAUUGUACUGACCUCAUCGCGGACUUUUCGUGCGAUUGUCCACCUGGAUUUACUGGCAAGCGCUGUCACGAAAAAAUAAACUUGUGCUCCGGAAACCCAUGUUUGAAUGGCAUCUGUGUAGACAAGCUCUUUAGCCAUGAAUGUAUUUGCCAUCCCGGAUGGACUGGACCAGCUUGCGAGACAAAUAUCAACGAAUGUUCAAGCAAACCUUGCAAGAAUGGCGGUCAGUGCGCUGAUCAAGUGAAUGGAUUUACGUGCACCUGCGAACCAGGUUACACUGGAAAACAGUGCCAACAUACUAUUGAUGAUUGUGCCAAUAAGCCUUGUCAAAAUGGAGCUACUUGCAUUGAUCAGUUGGAGGGCUUCCAGUGCAAGUGUAGACCAGGUUUUAUUGGAUUACAGUGCGAAGCUGAAAUCGAUGAGUGUCUCAGCGAUCCCUGCAAUCCGGUUGGCACAGAGCGAUGCGUUGAUCUGGAUAACAAAUUCGUUUGUCAAUGCAGAGAAGGUUUCACUGGCUCAGCUUGUGAAGUCAACAUUGACGAUUGUGCUGCUGAUCCUUGUCUAAACGGAGCCACAUGCAGAGAUGAAGUUGGUGGCUACAAGUGCAUGUGUACUGAAGGAUGGAGUGGAGAUCGUUGUGAACUUGAUGUUGGAAUGUGUCAAAAUCAUCCAUGCCAGAAUGACGCAGCCUGCGUUGAUUUGUUCCAAGACUUUUUCUGCGUCUGUCCUUCUGGAACAGACGGAAAACAAUGUGAAACAGCACCUGAACGCUGCAUUGGAAAUCCUUGCAUGCACAAUGGUCGUUGUCAAGAUUUCGGGUCUGGUUUGAACUGCACGUGUCCUGAUGAUUUCACGGGUAUUGGAUGUCAGUACGAGUUUGACGCUUGUGAAGCUGGUGCCUGCAAGAAUGGAGCGUCCUGUAUUGACAAUGGAGUAGGAUUCACAUGCAUCUGUCCUCCUGGAUACACAGGAAAAACUUGUGAGGAAGAUAUUAUUGACUGUAAGGAAAAUUCUUGUCCACCGUCUGCUACUUGUAUAGAUCUGACUGGAAAGUUCUUCUGCCAAUGUCCAUUUAACUUGACUGGUGAUGACUGUAGAAAAUCUAUUCAGGUUGACUACGACUUGUACUUCAGCGAUCCAACUCGCAGUAGUGCAGCUCAAGUUAUCCCGUUCUUUACUGGUGGUAAAAAGAGUUUGACCGUAGCAUUGUGGGUACAAUUUACACAAAAGGAUGAAGCUGGAAUCUUCUUUACACUUUACGGUGUCAGCUCUCCGCAUGUUCCAACAAAUCGCAGGCCGAUGAUCCAGGCUCACAGCAAUGGUGUACAAAUAUCUAUGUUCCAAGAUCUUCAAGAUGUUUACUUGCCUUUUAGAGAAUAUGCAACGAUUAACGAUGGCCAAUGGCAUCACAUUGCCGUGGUUUGGAAUGGUGACAAUAGUGGGGAACUUAUACUGAUAACAGAGGGAUUAAUCGCUAGCAAAACGGAAGGAUACGGCAGUGGAAGAAACUUACCAUCCUACACUUGGGCCGUUUUGGGUAAACCGCGAAGCGAGAACGUCAAAGGCUACACCGAAUCUGGCUUCCAAGGACACCUAACGAAAGUUCAAGUCUGGAAUCGAGCUCUCCAUGUGACGAAUGAAAUUCAAAAGCAGGUUCGUGACUGUCGAACAGAACCAGUGCUUUACCAAGAUCUGAUACUGACCUGGGCAGGAUAUGAUGAAACUAUUGGCGGAGUUGAAAGAGUGGUACCAUCUCACUGUGGACACAGAGUCUGUCCGCCAGGUUACGGUGGCAACAAGUGUCAGCAAUUAGAAGCUGACAAGAUUCCACCUAAGGUUGAACAUUGUCCUGGUGAUCUUUGGGUCAUUGCUAAAAACGGUUCUUCCAUUGUCAACUGGGAUGAGCCACGUUUUAUUGACAACGUUGGAAUUACGAGAAUGCAAGAGAAGAAUGGUCACAGGUCUGGUCAAACUUUGCUCUGGGGUACAUAUGACAUCAGCUACGUUGCAUACGAUCAGGCAGGAAACUCUGCUAGUUGUAGUUUCAAAGUCUACGUUUUGUCCGAUUUCUGUCCGGAGUUGGAGGAUCCAGUAGGAGGAACUCAACAAUGUAAGGACUGGGGGUCUGGUGGACAGUUUAAGAAUUGCGAAAUUUUCUGCAAUCCUGGAAUGCGAUUCUCUCAGGAGGUACCCAGAUUCUAUACUUGUGGAGCUGAAGGUUUCUGGAGACCGACGAACAAUCCUGCAUUACCACUAAUCUAUCCCGCUUGUACAAAUUCGAUUCCAGCCCAACGUGUCUUCAGAAUCAGAAUGAAUUUCCCUACAUCUGUUCUUUGCAACGAAGCAGGUCAAGGAGUUUUGAAACAAAAGGUUCGAAAUGCUGUUAACUCUUUGAACAGAGAUUGGAACUUCUGUUCUUAUUCCUUUGAAGGUACGAGAGAAUGUAAAGAUUUGAACAUUGAUGUCCAAUGCGAUCAUCGUGUUCGUUCAACCAGGGAAAUUCAUGAAGAAGAUGGUGGAACCUACACCGUAUCUGUUGGUGUUCCUGCAGAAGCAACGAGACAGUCUCGCCAAGGCAGUGAUACCUACGAAGUCCAGAUUUCAUUCCCAGCGAUAAACGAUCCAAUCCUGAACGCUAAUUCCAAUGACCGAGCUACUGUCCAAUCAUUGCUCGAAAAGCUCAUUCUAGAAGAGGAUCAAUUCGACGUUCAUGAUAUUUUACCGAAUACUGUACCAGACCCAGCAUCCCUUAUUCUCGAAUCUGAUUAUGCUUGCCCAGUUGGUCAAGUUGUCCAGGCACCCGAUUGCGUCCCUUGCGCCGUUGGUACUUUCUUCAACGAGGUUACCAGCAAAUGCGAGUCAUGUCCAGUGGGAACCUACCAGAGUAAAUCAGGUCAACUGAAAUGCAGUUCCUGUCCAGUGAUAGCCGGACGUCCUAGUGUAACCAUAGGCCCUGGUGCCAGAAGUUCCGCAGACUGUAAGGAACGUUGUCCAGCUGGAAAGUACUACGACGACACAGCUGGUCUUUGCCGAAGCUGUGGUCAUGGAUUCUACCAACCAAAUGAAGGAAGCUUCUCUUGCCUAUUAUGUGGACUUGGAAAAACAACCAGAACUGGAGAAGCAGUCUCUCAUGAAGAGUGCCGAGACGAAUGUGGAUCUGGACAGCAACUCGCAGUUGAAGGAAAGUGCGAACCCUGCCCUCGUGGAACUUACAGAAUGCAAGGAGUGCAAGCUUCCUGCCAAGCUUGUCCUUUGGGAAGGACAACAUCCAAUAUCGGAUGCGCUUCUAUCGAUGAAUGCACACUUCCUGUUUGCGAACCCGGUACUCAUCUUAAUGGAACUUUGAACGAGUGUGUGGAGUGCAAGAAGGGAACCUACCAGUCAGAGUCUCAACAGACCUUCUGCAUACCUUGUCCACCCAAUACGAGCACGAAGGGACCUGCUGCGGCAAGCAAAUCGGAUUGCACGAAUCCAUGUGAAACGAGUGGAGAAGAAUUCCACUGCGAUGCUAAUGCUCAUUGCCUCCUAAUUCCUGAAACUAGCGACUUCAAGUGCGAAUGCAAGCCAGGCUACAACGGAACAGGUCAUGAAUGUACGGAUGUAUGUCUCAACUAUUGCGACAAUGAAGGAAUUUGCUUCAAGGACUCGAGGGGACAACCAUCUUGCCGAUGCAGUGGCAGCUUCACUGGAAAGACAUGUGCUGAGAAAUCGGACUUCUUCUAUAUCACUGGAGGAAUAGCUGGAGGCGUCAUUCUUGUUAUAUUUAUUGCCCUUCUUGUCUGGAUGAUCUGUGUUAGGUCAUCGAAAAAGAAAGAACCAAAGAAAAUGCUCACACCAGCUACAGAUCAAAACGGUUCGCAAGUUAACUUUUACUAUGGCGCACCAACGCCAUAUGCAGAGUCUAUCGCUCCUUCUCAUCACAGUACAUAUGCUCAUUAUUAUGAUGAUGAAGAAGACGGCUGGGAGAUGCCGAACUUUUAUAAUGAGACAUACAUGAAAGAGAGUCUACACAAUGGAGGCAAAAUGAACAGCCUUGCGCGAUCAAACGCAAGUAUUUAUGGAACUAAAGACGAUCUCUACGACAGACUGAAACGACAUGCAUAUCCAGGCAAAAAAGAUAAAAGUGACAGUGACAGCGAAGGACAGUGACCUCAAAAAUUGAGGGUCUCAAGAGACGUUAAUUAAAAAUGUACCCAAAGGGUUGCCGAAGAUCAGUCGAUGUUGUUAUACCUAAAAGUUGUUAUUUAUGUUUCGUCACAUAUGGACAAUAUAGAAAAUCAAGGUUAAAUAAAAAUCGACCGGUAAGCUAAAUAACAAAUUUCGAUACUUCAGGAUUCCAGGAGACUUCUUUUAAAAGAGUUUCCUUUCCUGAUUUUUUUUUCGUCGAAAUAAAAACAUUAGAUACUCGAAAUAAUGAGGUCAUCGUGUAGUUUAGAAACCGUGUAGUUUACCAUUUUUCCACCGCUGUUGCCAGUAGCGAACUCGAAAAUAAAUUUCAAAUUACAAUUUUCAUUUGCUACUGCAUCACAAUUUUUAAUGAAUACUCUAAAAAAUCAGCGGUGAGAAUCGCGCGAAUUUUGAUAUUAAAAAGGGACUGAAUUGUGUAUGUAUAUUUUUGUAUGAUUGUGAAAAAAAAGAGAGCGGAAGAAUGAAAUUAUUAUAGAAACGAUUAUAGUGUUUGAAUGUAGUCUUUUGUAUUUAAUACUAAAUGUUCUUACACUACCGACGGAUAGUAUCGAAAAUCUGAGCGGGUGACCUAUCCAAAAUUAGUCUUUGAAAGGUGGUAGUGCUGCCCAGAAAAUAGAUAAAAAUAUUUUCGAAAAAGUGUUGGAAAGAUUAUUAAAUUCUGUUUUGAAUUUUGACCGAAAAAAAAACGAUUUUUCUACAAAAUAU